AUCAUAAAUUUCACAACAACACAAUGCAUUAAAUUGUGACAAAGGCAUGUUUAGGACAUUAAAGCAGACUGUCCAUACCACUAGUUUGGACGAAUGUUAUAUGAAAGAAUGUUAUUUAACUUCAUUUAAUUUAACUAGUUUGGACGUUGGGUAACUUUGGUUGAUAUCUAUGCUAAGAUUUUAUGAGCAUUGAAAACAUUCGAUUUUUUCCAAGGUAAUAAUUUAUCCUUUAUUUGGCUUUGUGCAUGAGCAAAAGAGUACAAUGGAGCCAAGCCAACCUUGUUGUUGUCAUUACGUCAUUACGUCAUUACGUCAUUAAUUCCGCGCGUCUUAUCGAUGAUCGUUUGUAAAUUUCAGGAUCAAGACCAAGGAUAAUUUAAAACGCAGAUUUAAAUGCAAUUUUUGCUUUUUAUCUGCAAGACGUAAAUGUGUUAAAUUUUGAUUUCUUAGUGCUAAAUGAAGUCAACUAAAUUGUUCCUACAAAAACAGUUUUUAAUAACGAGUUGUUAUGGAAACGCUUACAUGUAAAGAAAAAAGCAAAUCCAACGAAAUCGUUGGAAAUAGACAUGAAAAUGAUAUAACUUCUGUCUCUUAUAAGCAAGAAAAGCGAUUUCUUGACUAUGAAAUGAUCAAUACCAAUGACUCUGGUGAUUUAAACGUGGACGUGAAAUUGAUUUCAAAUGCUGGCAAUCAAUUAUUGUUUAAAGCUCGAUCUAAGACACCAAAGCCUCCAGAUUUACCAAGGUCUACUGCAUUUCGUCGAAAAAGCUCAGUUUUUAGACAAGAGUAUGAUGAUGAACGCGAUUGUGUUGAAGAUGAUGACAUUGAUUACAGUUGCAUUGAAAGAUCCCCGGGUGAUGGUUGUUUUUCUGAAUGUACUGAGGAAGAUUUUGAACAAUUAUCUGAUUGUUAUUAUGAUGACGAGCUGCUGGAAGAAGGAAUUAAUCUCAUAGAAGAUGAGUCUGAUGAGUUAUCGAACAUUACUGGCUCAAGUGAAUCUCGUCCCUCAACAGCUGCCCUUCAAGAACCACUCCAUCGUGAGAAACUUGUUCAUACAUUAAAGCAAAGAUCAACAAAAAUUCGAUCGGCAAAUGUUGAUUCAAGAGGUCACUGGAUUGCAUAUGGAACAGAAGAAGUUCAACCUGCUCUAACAUCUAGUCUCUUUCCAAAUAUGCCUGGAACAAUACAUUUUACUGUUGAUGGGGAACGAGUUCAUCCAUUUCCUUCAAAAAUCAAGAAACAUUUAAAAUGGAAAAUGAGCCCCAUAACUCCUAAUGUGGUGAAACUAUGCAUAGCACGAUCUGGUUUUCUUCCUACCAAAAAAAAUGACUGGCUUGGUUACUGGGGAAGACAUAUGAAAGCAACGGGAUUCAAAGCUGUUCGAGAAUACCAAAAGGUUAAUCAUUUUCCCGGUUCAUUUCAAAUUGGAAGAAAAGACAAACUGUGGAAAAAUCUUUCAAAACUUUUAACACGACAUGGAAGAAAGGAAUUUGGAUUCAUCCCACAGACGUUCAUCUUACCGCAAGAUUUUAGAAUUUUCAAGAGAGUCUGGGAAGAUGGUGGAAAUAGGCAGAAGUGGAUUUUGAAGCCGCCAGCUUCUGCAAGAGGUAUUGGUGUAAGAGUCGUAAAUAAAUGGAGUCAAAUUCCUAAGAAAAAACCUGUUGUUGUUCAGAAAUAUCUUACAAAACCAUAUCUCAUCAAUGGAAGGAAAUUCGAUCUUCGUAUUUAUGUUUUUGUAACGUCAUUUGAUCCUUUACGGAUAUAUUUAUUUGAAGAUGGACUUGCUCGCUUUGCAACUUGCAAAUAUACUUCAUCUAGUAAAAGUCUGGGCAACAGAUUUAUGCAUUUAACAAACUAUAGUAUAAACAAGAAGAAUAAUAAUGUUUAUACUCCUAAUGAUAACGAAGAAGUUUGUCAGGGACAUAAAUGGUCUCUGAAAGCCCUUUGGGGCUACCUAAAACGGAGUGGAGUGAAUACGUCCAAAAUUUGGGAAAAUAUUAAAGAUAUUGUUGUGAAAACUGUUAUAUGCUGUGAAUCUACAGUAAAUGUACUGAUGAAACAAAAUGUACGAAACAGUUAUUGCUGCAACGAAUUAUUUGGAUUUGAUGUUAUGCUCGAUGAAAAUUUGAAACCGUGGAUUUUGGAGGUCAAUAUUUCUCCAAGUUUACAUUCAACAUCUCCUCUGGAUAUGAGCAUCAAAGGUCAAAUGGUUCGAGACUUGCUAAAUAUUUCUGGCUAUAAAAUUCCUGAUAAUCUACUCAAUACAGCGAUGAGAAGCAGUUCCUUUAAUAAUCCGAGCUCACUAGACAAAGGAAGAUUUGCUCUAACGUCUGAUCAGAAGGCAAAGCAUGGGUUUUACGUCAACAAUUAUGGUAACGAUAGACUGAAGGCAACAAUAUUAGACAUCUUAACCCCAGAAGAUAUAAAAAUUUUAGCGGAGACUGAGGAUGAAUACAGUCGCCGUGGUUGUUUUCAAAGAAUAUUUCCAUCAGAAACCUCUCAAAAAUAUUUGACUUUUUUUGAUUCACCUAGGUAUCGCAACAUUUUGCUUGAUGAAUGGACCAAAAAAUAUUUAAGGGAAGGACAUCGAACUGCUAUUGGAGUAGCUUUGUUAUGUACCUACACUCAACAAGGCAUUCAUCUCAGAUCUUCAUGCUAUGAUCUAAAUCACCAGUGGGUAUCACCUCAACAAAUCUCAAGUGAUCAAUCUUACCAGUCACCAGUCUCAAGAUCACUUUCAGCCCCAGCAAGCACGAGACUGCUUGAAAAUUAUGGCAUAAGUCCGACAAGUCAAAUUUCCUUGCCCAAGAUAAAAAGAAAGACUGGUCGAUCACACGCUUCUAAGAGCAUUUCUACUAAGACAACGUCGAUGGCAACUAAGAAAAAAUGCUCCAAUAAGAACAUAUAAAAUAGUUAUUUCUUAUACUCAAUAAUAGAGUGUAAAUUUUUAAUAUCCAGUAACACCCAAUAGCAGAUGCAGUGAUAGUUGCAUUCGAAGAUUUUUUACUUUGUUUUCAAUUACUGACAAUUGAUAAUCACUCUUAUACAUUCUGUUUGAAUAAUAUUUUCAUGAGAGUGAAUAAAAUUACAAAGAAAUAUUUGAGAAAUAUGCUAUAACAUACAAAAAUAGAGUAGAAACCCUGGACACGAACAAAUGAAAUACUAAAAAACCUUGUAUGGUUCUGUCUUUUCGUAAUUUAACGAGAAAUAUUAUUAAAUACGCAUAUUAAUUUUAACGCUGCCACAAGAUAUAAACUACCAAUGAAUGAGUACGUCACUACUAAGUUAUCUCUAUGGCAACUACAAAUUAAUAUCACCUUUUGCACCUGGUUUUAUACUAGACCUAGCUCUAUCUAUGAUUUAACGAACUUAAAAACGAAAUUUGUUUCAUUGUAAAUAUGAACUACACUACACCACAUUAAAUGAAACGUAGCCAGAAUUUUAA